UCAUCCCUCACUACCUGCCGGUCUGCGUCGUUGUUGUUGUUUACAUCUGUUAGUAGCAAGUUACCUUGACUCACAGCUGUCACCUGAUUAUUACAAGGAUGCUGAGGAUGGAAGGGAACAUGUUUGUGUUAAACUCCUCAACAUGCCAGUAGAAAAGGAACAAAAUGAUGUGACCAGAGAAAGAGGGAACCGAGAAGUGGUGUGUCGUCAGGUUGAGAUCUGAAGUGUUGAUUUUCCUCCGUGAUGUCGGACUCGGAGAGCUCUCUGUCGGCCGGCAGCAGGUCUCUGUCGGCCGGCAGCAGGUCUCUGUCGGCCGGCAGCAGGUCUCUGUCGGCCGGCAGCAGGUCUCUGUCGGCCGGCAGGAGGCUCAGCUACGCGGUGGGACACUUCCUCAACGACCUGUGUGCCUCCAUGUGGUUCACAUACCUGCUGGUGUUCUACCACUCAGUGCUGGGCUUUGGAAACACAUAUGCAGGUGUGCUGCUGCUGGUUGGCCAGAUAGCUGACGGCGUCUGUACGCCUCUCAUUGGCUACGAGUCCGACCGAACGCUUGGCUGUGGCAACUACGGCAAGAGGAAGACAUGGCAUUUAGUUGGUACACUGAGCGUGAUGCUGUCCUUCGCCUUCAUCUUCAACCAGUGUCUGCACUGUGACUCCCUCACCCCCCAGUGGGCCAGUUUGAUCUACUUCAUCCCGUUCAUUGUCGUUUUUCAGUUCGGCUGGGCCGCCACCCAGAUCUCCCACCUGUCUCUCAUUCCAGAGCUGGUCACCUGUGAGCACGCUAAAGUAGAACUCACUGCAUACAGGUAUGCGUUCACAGUGAUAGCCAACAUCACGGUGUAUGCGGUGGCUUUCCUGCUGUUCCACGUCCAGGCCGGAGAGGACGAUGACGUGCUAGGACCGGCAGAUAUCCCUGUCUUCAGGAACCUGGCGCUGAUCGUGCUGGGCAUCGGCGCUCUCUUCUCCCUCUUCUUCCACCUGGGAAUCAAAGAGAGGAGGUCUGGAGCAGAAGGGGAGGCUGGAGGAGAGGAGGGGAGGAAGAGGAUGGAGGAGGAGGAGGAGGAGGGGGAGCUGAGGCCCCUGCUUCCCCGCCAUAAGACCUCCUCGUCUCUUCUGCAGUGGAAAUGUUGGCUGCAGCAGCCUUCUUUUUACCAGGUGGCCUUACUCUACAUGUCUACCAGGUUAAUAGUCAAUCUGUCUCAGACAUACAUCUCAAUGUAUCUCAUCAACACUCUGAGCCUGCCCAAGAAGUUCAUCGCGACGAUCCCAUUAGUGAUGUACGUGAGCGGCUUCCUGUCCUCCUUCAUCAUGAAGCCCGUCACUAAACUCAUUGGAAAAUCUAUCACCUACUCCGUGGGCCUGCUGCUGAUCAUGGCCUUCUCCUACUGGGUGCUGGUGGAUGGCAGGAUGGGUCAGCGGGUGUACGGGGCCGCCGUGCUGCUGGGGGCGGGGUCAGCCACCAUCCUGGUCAUAUCGCUGUCCAUGACGGCCGAGCUCAUCGCCGAUCAGACGCAAAGUGGAGCGUUUGUGUACGGAGCCAUGAGUUUCACCGAUAAGGUGGCUAAUGGAGUGGCUGUGAUGGUCAUUCAGGCUCUGCAUCCUUGCCAUACCGGGGUGUGCUGUCCGGCCUGCGUGUGGUUCUAUCAUUACAUCAUGGUCAUAGUAACGGGAGGCGUGGCAGUCGUCGCAGCUUUGGCGCUCUGCUCCAUCCUCAUCUGGCCAAUCAGGAUCAGACCACGUGGUCUGCCAGACAGCUCUGAGGAUGCAACCAGAAUCAACUAACAGCCCUUCCCUCCCCCACUCACCCCAGCAGCUCAACAGGCAAAACACGAACUCUGGGCUGGUCUCAGUUGGACAGGAGGAGCUUUCACUUUUCUUUCUCUUUUAAGAUUCGUUUUUAGUUUUUCAGGGGAAAAGCAGCGGGGUGGGGGGGGAUUCCCGCCCGGCUGCUCGACUGGUGCACUUACUGCGGCACAUUUUAGCACUUCUGGUUAAAGUUACAGGAGUGAGCAGGGAAACCAGAGGAACGGAGAAGGGAGUUUUUAAACUUCAUGCUCAAACUGACAGCUCUAGCUCAUUUUCAACCCAGAUCUCGUUUUCCCAUCAUUUUCCAAAAUCGCAGCCUGAAAGUUAUAAAAAAUCCUGUUGAUAUGGGUUAAUUUCCUGGAAGUGAAGCGAUGAAUAUGAUUGGGCGUAACUAACCAGCAAGCAUACUUGCCAACCUUGAGGUUCUUCCCCAGAAAAAUAGAGUUUCAGAGACUUUGUUUCCUUCAUUCUGGUGACUUUAAAAGAGGGAAAAUAACAAAAUACACUGCAACGGCAUUUUAAUGUUAAACAUUUGAUUUUACCUUUAUCUCCCGGGAAAGAAAACUGAAUAAUUCGCCCCUCUGGUCUGAACUUGGCGUGUGAACCUCUGGCGUAAACUAAUAUUCAUCCAGUUUUUAUUCAUUUUUCGCCCCUACUUGAGUAUUUUAUUUAUUUUAUUCGUAUCUCCAUCAGCUGUGGCUGAAGCCCAUAUAUUCUUCUUGGAGUCCACUCAAAGCACUGUGAACUCUUAAGGCUACAAUUCAGUACAUAAUCACAUUACAAUCUUUACCAACAAUGACCACAACAACAAAACCGACAACAACAAAACAUAACAAGACACAACACAGGACCCAGGUUCAAGUUAAUACUAUUCUAGAACUAUACUAGUUCAAGUUAAAACUAUUAACUUAAAAAAAGUGUGACAAAUUGCCUUAAAUCGGGCGAGGGCGAUGAAAAACGGGAGUCUCCCGGGAAAAUCGGGAUGGUUGGCAAGUAUGUCAGCAAGUAGUUUGCGUUGUUAUAACUUUGACAGCCCUAAUUAGAUUCCUUAUCAACUGCUACAGCACAGAGCUGUGAGCAUGAAUAUGAAACAUGAUUCUGAUUGAUUUUCCCGGGUUAGGAUUCGGUUAAUCAGCUACAGCCUGGAUACGAUCAUACAGAACGUUGGAAAAUGAUGAGAAAACAGGGUCCAGGUCACAAUCGUCUGCUGUAUCAGACGAUACAGAGCACGAGAGGAAAGACUGGGAACACGUUCACCUGACUGUAGGCUUCGGCUGAAGUGGAUCACUUCAAAAGGGAACUACUAAAAAAAAAAGGAUUGAUGAUGAUGAUGAUGAUGAAGGGAACCAGGAACAGUAUGUGGUGCAUUAAAGUGGUCAAGCUCAGAAACACCAAAGACGACGCAGGGACCAUUUUAAAUCAAGCUGACGUCCCGUCAAGUUCAAUGUUAACCAGCUAGUUACGCUGAUGUGACAGACGACUACAUUCCUGAAGUCAGUCCUGAUUUUCGAAGUGGAAUGCUUCAUUAAAGGGUCAUUGCACUAUAUUUUUCCUCGACAGAAUGACAUAAAGCACUACAUUUACACAGACUGUCGAUGGACACGUGAAAACUGACUCCACACCGUCGUGGCGAGGAGAAUCGAGCCCUCGCUGCAACGC